AUGGUAGACAUCAAAAACACUCUCAAUGAGUUAAAAGCAAUCAUAAGCGAUUUAGAGACCCAUGCUACUUCUACUACUGCUUUGACAGGAACAGAUUUAGCCAAUUUGAAAAAGAGAUUAGAGCAUGUAAAAGAUAAAUCCCAGCCCCGACAUACUAAUUUAUCGGCUGAUUUAAACACAGAUUUAAAAGACAUCGAAAAUAUUGACAAAACUAUUGGAGCCGAGAAAUUAAAAACUGAUGCUGAAAUAAAAAAAUUGACCGAUGAAAAAACCCAGUUGACAACUGAUUUAAACGCCAAAGAUGCUUUAUUGAAAGAAAAAGACGAAGCCAUUGGCAAUAAGAUUACCAAAGAUUUAAUCGAUAAAUUAGAAAAAGUAAGUAAGUUAGAUUUCAAAAAGCAACCCAAAAAGAAUGCUGAUGGAACCGAUAUGAAAGAUAAAGAUGGCAAUAUUAUUUAUGAGGAAAUUGUUGAUUUAUCACCUUUGAAAACUUUACUAACUGAAUUAAAAGAUAAAAAGGUGGAAGUAGAUAGUAGCAAAUUAGCCACUAAUGAUAAACUUGAUGAAGUAAAGAACAAAUUGGAAGAAGUAGCCAAAAAAGAAAGUGGUAGUGAUAAGUCGCAAAUUGGCGUAUGA